AUGAGUGCAGAGAACGACCCCGCUCAGCGGGUCGCAAUCGGUAUUUCCUUUGGCAACUCGUACAGCUCGAUCGGAUAUACCACCGGUGAAGGACGAGCAGAGGUUAUUGCCAAUGAGGACGGAGACCGCCAGAUCCCCUCGAUACUUUCAUACGUAGAAGGAGAAGAGCUCCACGGUGGACAGGCCAAGACACAGUUCGUGCGGAACGCGAAGAACACAGUUGCAUACUUCAGGGACUUCUUGGGCCAAGAUUUCAAGUCGAUAGAUGCUUCUCCCUGCCACGAGUCUGCGCACCCUGUGGAGCACGAGUCUACCAUUGCUUUCAAAGUCAAGGAUAACGCAGACAAGGAGAAUGAGGUCACCGUCAGCGAGAUCACAACCCGGCACCUGAAGAGGUUACGAAACUCGGCCACCUACUACCUUGGAAAGGAGGUUAACGCCGCCGUCAUCACCGUGCCAACCAACUUCUCGGACGCGCAGAAGGAGGCUUUGAACAAGGCUGCGAAAGAGGCGGGCCUUGAGGUGCUUCAGUUUAUCAACGAGCCUGUGGCUGCUGUACUGGCAUACGAUGCUCGUCCCGAGGCGAAGUUGGCUGACAAGAUCAUCGUUGUGGCAGAUCUCGGUGGCACCCGCUCCGACGUCGCUGUCGUUGCUUCCCGAGGCGGCAUCUACAGCAUCCUCGCUACACUCCACGACUACGAAGUCACCGGCCUGAAGCUCGACCAGGUCCUCAUCGACUACUUCGCCAAGGAGUUCCUCAAGAAGCACAAGUCCGCCAGCGACCCCAGGGAAGAUGCCCGCGGUCUGGCCAAGCUCAAGCUCGAGUGCGAGGCUGUCAAGAAGGCUCUGUCCAUUGGCACGAGCGCUUCCUUCUCUGUAGAGAGCUUGGUUGGCGGCAUCGACUACACAGCCACCAUCAACCGCACGCGGUACGAUCUCCUUGGCAACAAGCUCUUCUCCGCUUUCUCUCGCCUCGUACUCCACGCCAUCGAGAAGGCCCAGCUCGACCCCCUCGACAUCACUGAGGUCAUCCUCGCCGGUGGAAACGCCCACACUCCCAAGAUCGCCUCCACGAUCCAGAACGCCUUCCCCGAGACCACCACCGUCCUUGCGCCGUCCACCUCCACCACCGCAAUCAACCCUUCGGAGCUCUCUGUACGCGGUGCAUCCAUCCAGGCCAGUCUGAUCCAGGAGUUCGAGCUCGAGGACAUCGAGCAGAGCACGCACCCCAUGGUCACGGUAACCCCUCACCUCUCGCACGCCGUUGGCGUCCUCUGCAUCUCAGGCGACGAGUCCAACGGCAUCUUCCACGCCAUCGUCGACGCCGAGACCCCGCUCCCCGUCCGGAGGACAGCCAUCAUCUCGACGCCGCGCGAGGGCGGCGACGUCCUCAUCAAGCUCGCCGAGGGCCUGCGCCACAUCAAGGUCACGAAGCCGGAGCCCAAGCCUAAGAAGGAGAAGGACGAGGACGACGAGGAUGAUAGCGAUGACGACGAGAGUGACGAGGAGGAGGAGCUCAGGGAGAAGACGUGGAAGGUUAGCAAUGUGCUUUCUCAGGCGGCUAUCAAGGGCGUGAAGAAGGGCGGGAAGGUCGAGGUGCAGAUCAACGUUGGGGCGGAUCUGGGUGUCAAUGCUAUUUACCGGGAAGUCGGUGCGAAGGGUGGUGUCAGGGGCAUAAUAGCGGGUGGGAAGGCGGCGAAUGGGAGUGCGUAG